AUGGUCCAUAUUCACCUUCAAAGCAUCAGGAAAAUCCACCCCACAGUGCCAGCGGCAGUACAUGAGGCCUUGUUUGGCAAACAGGAACUCACCACUACUGACAGCUUUUCAGCGCUAUUUGGUGACCUGUCCACCGCCUCCCAGUCUUCCCCUGGAGCCCACGCCAAGAAAGUCACAGACACACAGUACCACUUGCUAUCUGCUGGCCACUGGCUUCCUCCAUCCAGUGGAGCCUCAGGCUUCCCUACCUGCUGGCGCCGCUUCCACCGCUGCCACCUCCCCUCCCAGGACCCCGAGACACCUCAAGCGCGAGCGGCGGCUGCUGCUUGCUUGCUCCCCUUCUUCCCCGCCUUUCCCUUGCGUGACCUACCCACUCCUUACAGCCCUCGUCUGCACCUUCUCCGACACCCCGGCAUCCCUGCACCACCUGCUCGGACAGCCCCGGGUGCGCGCCGGGAGGAAGGCAAGCUCCGAACCCGUGCUUGGCAGAAGGACUGUCGCGGCUGCACCACCAGCAAGAGGAGGAGGAAAAGAAACUAUUUUGCCCAGCGAAACCUCAUUCUGCGGGUGCUUCGCCGUUGCCGCUUCUGCUGCUGCCAUCUGAUCCGCGUCCGCAGGUUCGAGCACCGCAGCGGCGAGGACCCUGGGUCCGGCGGGCUCCGCGAAGGAGACGCCGGCGGAGCUCCGCACUCUGGUGCCCUGCUCACCAGCAUCUCUUUGCCCCCCUCGUUCAUUCUCAACCCUUUAGAAAAGGACCAUGAUUUGGAAACGCAGUGCCGUUCUCCGCUUCUACAGUGUCUGCGGGCUCCUGCUACAAGAGUAGAUUCAGUUCAAUUGCUGACCCUCUUUGUAGCUGUGCUCGUUUCUAUGCCUGAAGAGACAUUGGAAAGAUGGAGACGCUCUUGUUUAGCACCGGAAACAAUCCGAGAAGGGACAAAAAGGAAAGAAGGGCAAAAUAGACAUGCAUAGAGAGAUUCUGAUUUUGUUGAGAACUUUAUUUCCUUUUUCAGUGUUGGUCGUAUACAAAAAAACACCCAGUA